CAGAAGAAGGACACCGACAAUAACAUGACCCCGAGAUGGCUGUUGGUCCUAAUGACUUUCUGUCAUCCAAACGGAAAACAGCCGCUUGGACGGACAGAAAUCCUGACGUGCCUCGGCGUUUGUCACGGAGAAAAUGAAAUGGCUGAAAUGGGAGUGAUGUAAAAGAGGAUCUUAAAAGGUCACUUAAGAUGCCGCUGUUCACAAGCACGUUUAAUCCAAAGAAAACUCCUGACCGCAAGUCUGCAUCUUUGUCCAGUCUCCAUACGUUGGAUCGUUCCACGAGAGAAAUGGAGCUGGGUGUGGAGUAUGGACCUCCAGUCAUGAACAUUGGGGGCCAGACUUGGAAAUUUGAAGAUGGCAAUUGGACGUCGGAAUCAGGUGGAGGUGGAUCUGGGAGAGAAAUGCAGCGACUUAAAAAAAGAAAUCUCCAACUAGAAGAGGAAAACAAUCUUCUAAAAGUCAAAAUUGAAAUCUUGCUGGAUAUGCUAACAGAGUACCACUUGUCUGAGGAUGACGACGGGGAUGUAAAAUCUCAUCUUCAAAGGAAGAACUGAAAAAAAUCUUAUCACCUUCCUCAUAGGAAGCUUUUUUUGUGAAAUAUUUUUUUACAACUUAUGUAUGGCUGUUGCUCAAUAAUAAUGAGCUUGCUUGAAUGUGUGACCUCGGAUUUUAUAAUAAAAUAUAUAAUGAAAAUAAAAAGUCCAACAGUCCAGACAUCUGUUCAGACAAAAGAAAUGUCAAAUUCUCUUUCAUGUACUCUGUAACCAUUCUGAAUUGUGUGAUUUAUUUUUCAAUUUUGUAACUACUUACUGAGGUUUUUUGAAAGUUGUGUUUCUUAAUGUUUGAAAAAUAUAUUCUUUCUAUUUUGUAUCACCCAUUUUCAAUGUUGUAGCAUCUAUAGUAGAGCCCUAUAAGAUACUGAACAUCCGUUUCCAUUGUACAUCACAUGUUGAUGUUCAAUUAUUUAGUCAACAAAAACAUCAAAUGGAAAUAAAAAUCAAGAUGGUGCAACCCUGUAAUAACUUUGAUAGGAACUAUGCCAUUAAAAGUUUGACAGUGCUAUAUGUAACGCACAGCAUCACAAUUGUGUUUCCCUCUCAUUUAAAAUCCGUUGUCCAUAAUAUUUUUCUGUAUUGUGCUUUUGCUUUGAUUCAUAUUUUCGUUCUAUACAAUCACAACGUUUCCAUCGUCUUUCAUGGGUCGCUGUUGGACUAUCCCCCUGUGGUUUCUAUCAGGCAUGCUUGAAUUUACU